CGAACGAGCCACGCGGUGGGCGAAGGGUUCGAGAAUCGACAGGCGGGAGAGGAGGGGAGCACUCCUACUGUCACUCUGGAGUGCACUCGGGAGAACGCACCACCCGCCACAGCGGCAUAGGUGCUCCUAGUAUGCUGCCCCCACCGCCUUCCUCUACAGCACUCGGUCCUCUUGCCUUCUCGGAGCAGCUGCGGCCAUGGUCGCCGCCAUCACAACGGGUCUCAAGUCUUUCAUAUCAGCCCUCCUGCAGCCAGAACACAACCACAACAACGAACGGACGCACUCUCUAGACAACACAAUACCCCAAAACACACUACAACAAGAGCAAGCAGAAGAAGCCAUGCCUCCAGAAGGCUCCCAAGAACCGCCAGGAAGCGACAACGCUGAGGGACCUCGGGAACCGGUGGUGCACGCUAAUGGGUCAUUUCACAUGGUCACUUGGAGAGGUGCUCAACACAGAGCGGAGAUCUUAGACCGACGGAAAGCCGCGACUCACGGCGACGACUACGAGUACUAUGUCCACUUUAGCAACUAUGAUCGACGACUGGAUCAAUGGGUUCUGGGCAGUGCGAUCGAACCGGAGGAGUUAGAGGGAGCGAUACCUGACACAAAGCCUGGGAAGAAGGAGGAUGCGGCGGCGGAUAAGGCACCAAUGGAUGUAGAGGCACCGCCCAAACCAGAGGGGGAAGACACGGUAGCAUCAAGACGACCGAAGCGGAAAGCCGCAUCAAUGGGGCAGACAGACCCCACCACCGCCCCCUCCCUCCACACCGACCCCCACGCCCACGCCGACGACGACACCCCCGACACCCCCAAAAUCCGCAACAUCGACCUGGUCGUGUUCGGCCGGCACCUGAUCAAACCAUGGUACUACUCACCGUACCCGGACACGCCGCCACUACCGCCACCUGCCGCGACGAAUGUGAAUUUACAUCACCCGCCAAGCAAUGCGAGGACGUUGUUUGUAUGCGAGUAUUGUUUGAAGUAUAUGCGGACGGGGAGGAUGAUUGCUUGGCACAGGUCACAUUGCAAACGAAGAAAACCACCCGGUCGCGUGCUGUACGCCAAAGGCAAGCUGAAGAUCUACGAGGUGGACGGCAAGGAAGACAAGCUCUACUGCCAAAACCUCUCCCUCCUCGCCAAACUCUUCCUCGACCAAAAAACCGUCUUCUACGACAUCGAACCCUUCCUCUUCUACAUCCUCACCGAAUCCUCGUCGCCAUCCGCCUCACGCUCGUCAGCGGACGCAUCAGAAGGCGACGCGGUCGUCGGCUACUUUUCGAAGGAGAAGGUGUCCUUUGACGGUUACAAUCUGGCGUGCAUACUGGUCCUCCCGCCGUUUCAGAGACGCGGGUUUGGGAGGAUGUUGAUUGAGUUUAGCUACGAACUCUCCAAACACCAGCACCGCAUCGGCUCCCCCGAAAAGCCGCUCUCGGACCUCGGCCUCGUCGGGUACCGAUCCUACUGGGCGACCGUCCUCGUCGACCUGUUCCGCAACAACGUCGGCGUGUCCGUCAGCGUGCGGGACGUGAGCGUCAUGACGAGCAUCUGCGAGGAGGACGUGGUCGAUGCGUUGGGGAGUAUGGGCUUGUUGAGGUGGUUCACGGACGGCGGGGUUUGUAUACCGGAAUCGGCGAUCAAGGCCUACGUGCAUGCGCAUAGACUGAAGGCGAAUAUGCGCACGUUGGAUCCGAGGUGUAUCGAUCUGACGCCGGCGUGAAGUGGGAGUCGCGUACCCCCCCGAACCGAAAACGAAAGAACGGCUGCUGCUGAUACCAUCCCCCCCGUCCCCCGUCCCCCCGCCGCACGCGUUCUUCUGUAUAUACGGUAUUGGUGGAUAGAAAGAAAUCAAUAAGUCGUUUUGGCC